AAGCAGUGGUGGACCCACCUUAAACUGUCCUAGCACUGCCAUUAGUCUACCUUAAAAUUUUCAUUGGUCUCUGAUGAAAAAUAAGAUCCCCGAACUGAAGUGAGACCUGCCCCGCAUGGAAAGUGUUUUAAUUUGGUUGUUUUCUCCCCGCAGAGCACCCCGUGGCCGCGGCCUAGGUCCAGGAUGGCGCUGGACGCGGGGCACGCGGGCCGCCUGGCCGGGCGGGUGGCGGGCAGGGUAGCGGGCCGGCUGGGGCUGGCGGCGUGGCGCCGCAAGUCGACGCUGCUGCUGGGCGCGGGCGCGCUGGUGCUGCUCGUGCUCUGCCUGCAGUACAACGCGCUGGGCUCGCAGCAGCCCCAGGCCCAGGCCCAGUCCAACUCGCUCGGCAACGACGCGCCGGACCGGGCGUCGUUGGGGAAGGCGGACGCCGGCGUCAAGUUCGUGAAGUCCGCGGAGGGCCCCGGCGUCGUCCCCGUCGUCCCCGCCGCGGCCGACGGUGCGGACGAGGCGGCGGCCGUGGCGGCGGUCGCGGCCGUGCGCGCCGAGCAGCCGUCGCGGGACGCGGUGGCGCAGCGCCGAGCCGAGCCCGGGGAGGCGCGGCCCUAUGUGCCGCCGCAACGCCUGGCGCAUUUCGACCUGAAGGGUGCCCCGCCCAAGGUGGCCUACCUCCGGAAGGUGUUCGGCCUGCUGCGGCAGCUCGGCGCUACCGGGGUGCUGCUCGAGUGGGAGGACGCGUUUCCCUUCUGGGGCGCCCUGGAGCCGCUGGCCGCCACCAACGCCUACUCGCGCGUCCAGGUUCGCGAGAUCCUGCAAGCCGCCAAGGACCACGGCCUCGAGGUGAUGCCGCUGGUGCAAACCUUCGGCCAUGUCGAGUUCGCUUUGAAACACGCCAAGUACUCGUCUCUGCGGGAGGUGCCCGAGUCCCCGCAGGCCCUGUGCCCCUCCAACAACGCGAGCAUGGACUUCGUGCGUCUCAUGAUUGACCAGGUGAUGGAGCUCCACCCGGGGGUGCGUUACCUGCACAUCGGCUGCGACGAGGUGUUCCAGAUGGGGGAGUGCCCCCGCUGCCGCACCGUGCUCCGCGAGAACCUCUUCCUCGGCCACGUGGCGCGCGUGGCCUCGUAUGUACGCGGCAAGUACUCGUACCGUGGCUCCCCCGUCACCCCCGUCAUCUGGCACGAUAUGCUGCAGCACCUGCCGCCGCAGAGCAUGGAAGAGUACCACCUCGGCGAGCUGGUUGAGCCCAUGGUCUGGGUGUAUGCAGAGGAUGUG